CAGAAAAAAAUGCUUACAGAGCACCCUUGACCGACAUCAGCCUUCAUUGCAACCACCCGGCACGUGUGCAUCCGACAGGACGCCAAUUCAUUUCAACAACGACAUGUCUUCUUUCGUGGACCCCGUAGCUCCGCUGCUCAAGCACACUCCUGCCCUGGUACUGGACGGUGCCCUCGCAACAGAACUCGAAACUCGUGGACUUGAUCUUAGCUCCAAGUUAUGGUCUGCCAAAGCUCUGGAAGAAACUCCGGAGGCGAUCUACGGAGUACACCUUGACUACUUCAAAGCUGGUGCUGAUAUUGCCAUCACCGCAAGUUACCAAGCUACUCCUCUCGGCCUAUCUGAACAUCUUGGCAUGAGUCUUGAGCAGUCCCAAAAGCUCAUCCGUCGCAGUGUAGAGCUUGCUCAGCAGGCUCGCGACACUGCUCUUCAGGAGGAGCAAGGCAAAAUUUCAUCAGCUCAACCAAGAAAGCUUCUGAUUGCGGGAAGUGUGGGUCCCUAUGGUGCGUUUCUUGCGAAUGGAAGCGAAUACAGGGGUGACUACCAUCUGUCGAAUGAUGAAUUCAAAGAUUUUCACAGACCUCGCAUCGAAGCUUUGGUGGCAGCCAAUGUGGACAUCUUGGCUUACGAGACCAUUCCCUCUUUGCCAGAAAUCAAGGCUUUGAUCGAACUGCUUGAGACCGAUUUUCCAAAGACACCGGCGUGGUUGGGUGUCACGCUGAAGGAUUCGGAUGUGUCUCUACUGAGUGAUGGCUCGUCGAUGUCCGAGGUAGUCAGAUUGGUCAACGCCUGUGAUCAGAUCGUGUCUGUCGGCGUCAAUUGCAUCCCCGAGCAGAAUGUGUCCGCAGCGUUGGAGUAUCUCAAGCCUCUGACCGACAAGCCCCUUAUCGUUUAUCCAAACUCUGGCGAAACAUGGAACGCAAAAGCACGUCAAUGGAACGGUCCACGUGUGGAGGGCAAAGAACACGCUGAAUUGGUCAGAGAAUGGUUCAGCAGAGGUGCCAGACUGAUCGGAGGGUGCUGCCGCACUGGUCCCAAGGAUAUUCAAAACACCCGCGAUACUGUCAUAUCCGAUUGCUGAACUGGGGCUCAGAUGCCAGUUUUGGAGCUAUGCCAGGAUAUAAAACGUCGUGAUUUACAUCUGGACUCUGCGAAUCUGUGCUCGUACUCAAUGAUCUGUUACUAUCCGAAUUGUUUGCAUAUCCCAGCUUAGACAUUGAGCAAUAAGGGUUUCCAGUCCGUUGACAUGCCUCUGUUGUCUCAUGGCUGUGUGCGAUGAUCACACACUCGGACAUCGAAGUCGACGCGAAAGACGA